AUGACUAUUAAUUCUAUAAAUAGCCAAAAUGAUUCUAACAAAAAAGAUGAACACUAUAAAGAAUUAGAUACUUUACUUGAAGAUAGAGAUGAAUCUCAACACAAUAGAAUUUCAUUCCUAACAACACUUACUAAUUGGGGGAACUUUGUAUUUUAUGAAAUAAAGAAUAAUAUAUCUAUUUAUAUAUUGAGUCUUAUAUAUUUAUGUGUAUGUGUAAUGAAUAAGGUUUUUGCAAAAAGAACAAUGAAUAUAAUUGGAAAUUAUAGUUUUGUAACUUCAGAAAUACACAACACUAUUUGUGUUUUUGUUUUCUUUAUGGUGCAUUUAUUUUUCAACAAAUACGAUAAUUAUAUUAAUAAUAGAAGAAAAGUCCCUAUAAUAAAUAUUUUACUUAUAUCCUUACUAGACGCUUCUACAGUUAUUAUUUCUUUUAUAGGACUUACAAGAACUACAGGAAAUAUGCAAUCUUUUGCUUUACAAUUAAGCAUACCAAUAAAUAUGUUUUUUUGUUUUUUAAUAUUAAAAUAUAGAUAUCAUUUACUUAAUUAUCUAGGAGCACUCAUAAUUGUUGCAACUAUAGCUACAGUAGAGAUGAAAAUGUCAAUGGAAACACAAGAAGAAAACUCUAUAAUAUUUAAUUUAAUCUUUAUAAGCUCAUUAAUUCCAUUAUGUUUCUCAAGCAUGACAAGAGAAAUAGUUUUUAAAAAAUAUAAGAUAAAUAUUCUAAAAUUGAAUGCAAUAGUAUCAUUAUUCCAGAUAUUUACAACUUGUCUAAUUUUACCGGUGUAUACCCUCCCAUUUUUAAAACAAGCUCAUCUUCCCUUUUCUGAAAUUCCUGUAAAUAUCAAGAAUGGCUUUUCUUGUUUGUUUUGGGGGAAAAACACCGUUGUCGAAAAUUGUGGAUAUGGCAUGCCUAGAAUGUGUGAUAAUUGUGAAGGAGCGUGGAAAACAUUUAUUACAUAUUCCUUUUUUAAUAUAUGUGAUAAUUUAGUUUCUAGUUAUAUUAUAAAUAAAUUUUCAACAAUGACAUAUACAAUUGUUAGUUGUAUACAGGGACCAGCAAUAGCAAUUGCUUAUUAUUUUAAAUUUAUUGCUGGAGAUGCUAUGAGAAAACCAAGAAUAUUAGAUUUUUUAACUUUGUUUGGAUAUCUCUGUGGAUCAAUAAUUUAUCGCACUGGAAAUAUCAUUUUAGAAGGGAUAAAAGCAAGGGAGGAAGAUGAUGAAGAAUCAAUGAUAGAACAAUAA